UAAGAUUACAAAGUUCAAUUCAUACAAUUCUAUAUAAAUCCAAUUGAAAAAUUGUUCUGAAGUGUAAACAUUGUUUAAACAUGAGCGAGCUAAACUCAAUAAAUUCAAUGGAACCGGACACCAACGAAACAAUCCAGGAUAUCGCCAUGAAACUGGUAACGGAGCAGAUGAAGCAAGAAUCCAGCCUGACUGGGGGGCCUAGCGAACGUACCAUUUUUGUCCUCGGUAGUAAGGGAGCGGGUAAAUCAACUCUCAUCAAUCGAUUCCUGGAUCGAGACGAUAUCACGCGCCCCACGUUGGCACUGGAAUACUCGUUCGGUCGGCGUACUGCUUCCGGACAGGGUGCUCAGAAAAAUAUUUGCAAUGUUUGGGAGCUCGGCAGCUUGGUCAAUUCCAAUCAGUUGAUUGAAGUGCCGGUUCGAUCUCAUGGACUGGCAACGUUUGCAGCCGUGAUUGUCCUGGAUUUGUCCCAACCGGAUCGACUUUGGACCGACUUGCAGUGCAUUCUGAAUGGUUUGAAGCAGGCAAUCAGUAAAAAUUGUUCCGCUAAGGAGGUAAUAGAAAUGAAAGAGCGUAUGAAACAGAAGGUGGGAAUAGAUCACGAGGAUUUGAACACGCUUGAAAUUCUUCCAUUUCCGGUUAUAAUCGUGGGAGGAAAGUACGAUGCAUUUCAGAAUGUUGAUUCGGAAAUCAAGAAGCACGUGUGUCGCUGUUUGAGGUCGAUCUCCCAUGCAAUAGGGGCUGCACUGAUAUUCUACACUUCCAAGAAUGCAUCACUAUCUAAGAUGAUUAGAGAUGCGAUGAACCAUCUAGGGUUUGGUAGUCCAUCGAAUCCAUUCAAAGCAUUGGCACUGGAUCACAAUGGCCCUUUGGUGGUUCCUUUCGGAGGAGACUCGUGGGAAAAGAUUGGUGUGACACCCACCAAUUCGGAGCGCAUAGGAAUGAACUACAGUGCGCAGAUUCCUCAGGUUGGAACCGAAAAGGUCGCUAUUCCGGACGAUCCGGCGAAGGAUGGUGGCUUUAAGGAACGCGUUAUUGACGAACUUAGAGCUCAGAAGGAUGAUGAACUGAUGCGACUGCUCAAGGAUACGGAAAUACGGAUGAAGUUUGAAGCGGUGCAGUAGGAAUGAAAAUGUGUCAGAAAAGUAUAAUAAACAGCAGUGCCUAAAAUAGGUUAAUCUUUUAAUAUGCAUUCCGAACAAUAUGAUAAUUUUAUACUCUAUACGGUAAAAUCAUGG